AUGAAAUCUCAAUUUGCGGUCCUCACUUUGCUAUUCGUAGCAAUUCUGGCUAUUGCUAAUGUAAAUGCACUUCCACGCCAACAACAGGUAUUCUUCCUAAAUUGACCAAAAUUUCAGAAUAAAUCUAUUUUGUUUAGAUGAGAUACGGUAACUCGUUGCCAGCCUACGCACCUCAUGCACUUUAUCGUUUCUACAACUCAAGACAGGUAAGAGUUGUAGAUCCUUCGAAAAUUGAGAAAAUUCGCAUUUUGAAGUUUGCCCCCGUGCCAAACAAACGCAACAAUGCCGAAGUUGUCAAUCAUAUUCUGAAGAAUUUCGGAACAUUGGAUCGUCUUGGCGAUGUCGGACGGCGUUAA